UCAAAAGCCAUGUCAGAGAGCUUGCAGCAGCUCGUACUCGACUUGCUCGAUGCCAAUACGACUAUACCUGAUACUCGAACGCUUACUAUACCUGGCCAAUCGGAACCUGCUACGUCUCAAGAUGCCCAGAUAACGGUCCUUGGUGCACUCAAUUCCCUCUUGAGCCGUGAAAUGGUCAGCUUUGAAACCCACGAAACGCUUGCCCAUGCGUUGUCUGCUGAAGGCAACCAAAUCGCCAUCGAAGGCUCGCAUGAAGCUCGGGUUUGGGCUGCUUUACCAGUCAAGGGGCAAGGCGCCCCGGUCACAGUUGCGCAGCUCAAAACUCUUGUCGGCGACGAAACGGCCAGCAUCGGGCAGGGCAGGGCAUUCAAGAACAAAUGGAUCGGGAAAGAUGGAGAUGGCUUCGUCCAAAUAGCCCCAACGAUACAGGACGCUACGAAACUGGAUCUAUUGGAGGUGCAGUCGACUGGAACUCUGAAAUCUGGCGAAAAAGUUCUGGCCGAUCUACGAAAGCGCAAGUUGAUUGUGCAAAGAAAGGGCCAGUGGUUCACCGUUUCGAAGGGACCCAACUUCAGCACCUCUACUGCUAAGCCAGAGACCGAUUUGACUGUCGAGAUGCUCACAUCAGGAGCGUGGAAAACGUCGACCUUCAAAAAAUACAACUUCGAGGCAGAAGGCGCACCGACAACAGGCGGCUCGUUACACCCGCUACUCAAAGUCCGUGAAGAGAUACGCAAUAUUUUCUUGGAAAUGGGUUUCGCAGAGAUGCCGACGGCGUCUUUCGUAGAAUCAGGUUUCUGGUGUUUCGAUGCGCUCUUCGUUCCACAACAACAUCCUGCUCGAGAGGUCCAAGAUACCUUUUACCUCUCCGACCCAGCGAAAUCCCUUGAUCCUGAGCCUAAAUACUACAAAACCGUGUCAACCAUCCACGAGCAUGGUGGAUUUGGCUCCACUGGCUAUCGAGCCCCGUGGUCACAUGACGAAACGACCAAACUCCUCCUCCGCACCCAUACCACAGCCAGUUCAGCACACAUGCUCUACAAACUUGCUGCGAGAUGUCGAGGCGAGGAUGUAGAAGACGAUGACCGUCCAGCGGCAGGGAAGAAACCCCAGAACAGCGAUGGAAAAGACGACGGCUUCCGACCUGCUAAGCUCUUCAGCAUUGACCGCGUCUUCCGAAACGAGACGACAGAUGCCACCCAUUUGGCGGAGUUCCAUCAGGUCGAGGGUGUAGUUGCUGAUCGCAACUUGACCCUCGCAGACCUCAUUGGUUUUAUGAAGGUCUUCUUCAGCAAGAUGGGUAUUCAACAAGUGCGCUUCAAACCGGCGUAUAAUCCGUACACAGAGCCUUCCCUGGAGAUUUUCGCUUUCCAUCCGCUAUUAAACCGCUGGGUCGAAGUCGGGAACAGUGGCAUGUUCCGACCAGAAAUGUUGGAGCCAAUGGGUUUCCCCAAAGAUGUGCGGGUGCAUGGCUGGGGUCUAGGUCUCGAAAGACCAACCAUGAUUCGUUACGGGAUCAACAACAUUCGAACGCUACUCGGCCACAAGACCUCAAUUGACUACAUUGAGGGUUCGCCGGCUCCGAUGUUGUAG